AUGCCUUUAUCAAUGAGAUCGACUAUUGGAAAAUUGAUUCAUACUUGGACAGCAAUUUCUGUAACACCUCAUGCUGUUGGAUUAUCUGUUCGAUCACUUCAUUCAACAUGUACUGCCAAGUCAAACACAACUUUGGGUCAAGAGCUUCCUUAUCCAGAUGGACUUUCCAAGCUAUUAAAUCCAGUAGGAUAUCUCAAGUGGAAGAUGAAUGUGAUUGAUAAUGCUCGUGCCAAUUACGAGCAUUGUUCUGCGCAGUUUGAGCAGCAACCCGAUUUUGUCAAAUCACUGGGUCUAGAUGAAAGUUUUCAAGGCUGGUUUAGCAUGACCAUUCUGCAUGUAUGGAUUUUAAAUGCACGCUUGAGGGGAGAAGGUGCUAACGGAAAGGAUAUGAAGCAAGAGGUGUUUAAUCACAUUUGGCUCGAUGUUGAAAUCAAGCUGCAUCAAGCUGGAGUCAAGACUCGAAUCUCUCAAAUCACAUCUGGUCUUCUCGAUUCAUACUAUGGACAAACUCUUGCAUACGAUGAGGGUAUCUACUAUGGAGAUUCUAUUCUUGCUGCAGCACUUUGGAGGAACUUCUUUGGAGGAAAAGAUGUAAAUGCUGUACAACUUCUCAAAUUAAUUGAAUAUACUCGACGACAGCUCGUACAUGUGGAACAAACUUCGCUUGAUGAUAUCCUCAGUGGCAAAUUCCAAUUUCUCCCAGCUUCUCCUUUAGCAUGA